AUCAGCUUUGGGACGCAUCCUCCACGCACACACAGUUUCCCUCAGACCUGACCUAUAAGCAAAACCCUGGAGAUAAUGUUGGGUUUUGCGCCUCUGGGAGAGGACUUCUGACACAGAGAAAAUGCCUCAAGAUGAAAAGUCAAGUGAAAGAAAAAAGCGAGAGUUGAUUUUGACCUCAGAAUCACCGCACGUUUCCAAAACCGCAUGAAUUCCGUGGGAGACGCGCAUCACGGCACCGGAUAGUGGAGAGCAUAAAGGCGCACAGGAGCGCACAGACACCAGCACUCCCACCUUCAACAUGGACGGCUACUACAACUGGACGCUGACAUCUGAGAAUGGCAGCAUGUCUUCCUCCCAGCCCUACCCCGGGGACCACACCUAUAACAAUACCUCAGAGGUUGCUGCACCAAUGCCCUUCAGCACAGUCACUGCAGUCGUCUACACCAUCGUCUUCAUUGUGGGUCUUCUGGGAAACCCGCUGGUCAUCUAUGUGGUGGUUCGCUACACCAAGAUGAAGACUGUAACCAACAUGUACAUCCUCAAUUUAGCGUUGGCGGAUGAACUCUACAUCCUGGGAAUUCCCUUCCUUGGCACCAACAGUGCACUUUCCUACUGGCCAUAUGGGGACUUCUUCUGCAAGGUGUGCAUGACCGCAGAUUCCAUGAGCCAGUUCUCCUCCACCUUUUGCCUGACGGUGAUGAGCAUCGAUCGCUACCUGGCUGUGGUUCAUCCUAUUCGCAGCGCCAAAUGGCGGAAGCCACAGGUGGCCAAGGUUUUUAAUUGCAUGGUGUGGGUCGUGUCCUUUCUGAUUGUGCUGCCGGUCACGAUCUACUCACAUGUACAGGAGGAGUUCAACACCUGCAACAUAACCUGGCCUGAGCCACGGGAAUUGUGGUCUAUUGUCUUCAUCCUCUACACAUCCAUCCUGGGCUUCUUUGGUCCUCUAUUUGUCAUCUGCCUCUGCUACCUGCUCAUUGUCAUCAAGGUGAGGUCAGCAGGUGCACGUGCAGGCCUGACUAAGCGACGCAAGUCGGAGCGUAAGGUGACACGCAUGGUGGUGAUCAUCGUGUUGGUGUUUGUGCUUUGUUGGAUGCCCUUCUACACUACCAACAUCGUCAACCUGUUUCAUACCAUCCCUGAGAACAACACCACCGCUGCAGUCUACUUCUUCCUGGUCAUCCUCACCUACGUCAACUCCUGCGCCAACCCAGUCCUCUACGGGUUCCUCUCUGACAACUUCAAGCAGAGCUUCCAGAAGGUGCUCUGCUUCCACAAACCAAAUGGUGUUGGCACAACAGGCCAGGUGGGACGUAGACAGACUUCACCCAAGGAAAACCACAAUCCUGUUGUCUCACCCAGAAACCCAGCGCAGAAUGGAAAACCACAGAGCAUUCAGCAGCCUGUCCAGAUGGAGGUUAUUGGAGACUUUGACAGUGAGCCUUUAACUUUGAAGACAGAGUUGAACGGCCAGGGAUCAAUAUGAAUUUUCAAGCAGACCCACCAUGUAAAUGGACGAUACAACAUGGGACCCCUGGACCUUUUCUUGAGUGGUAUUUACUGUCUUUAUUACUGAACCUCCCACUCUGACUGGAACAUUUGUGGAGAGGACCAGAGGAACAAAGUAGGAGAGAAAACGACAGACACCAUAUCAUCACAAAUCUCAGCAUAUUUGUUCUUCUUUGUACUGUAUCUAGGUUGGCUGCAUUGUACAAAGCAUUAGUUUAUGUCAGGAUGAAACUGUACAAUACAGUUAUGACACUUUAAAGUGCUGUAAAUUCUCAAAGUGAUUUACUUCAACUACAGAGAAAACUAGACUUUUAUUUUCAAGCAGACUUAUAGUUGAUCAUAUUCUAAUAAGAAACCUUGUUUUCUGAUCUGUUUCAUUUGUUGAUGAUACUUCUUGCUAUUAAUUCAAACUCAACACUUCUCUUUUAUCUUGAUAAAUUCAGUAAAAUGUACAUUUCACAGCACUAACACACAUCCAUGCAGGAAAGUGUUGACAGUGGGAUUCAAGGAUACAGUACAGGAUUGCACAAUAAAUAUCGUACAAGCUAGCUUCACACCGAAUGACUAGAAUUAAUUAAUAAGUGAGGACAGUAUUUCUGUUCAACCUGGUCUUAAUCCGAAGUCGUUAAAAACUGGCGCUUGGGCAUUGACUUACGCUGUCAGACACUGGAAAAAAAAGCCGUCCUUUCAUGUCAGCAUGCUACCACCAGUCGCCAUUUUUGGCUAGUGGUGACCUGUGGCAUUGAAACGUUGAAACAAAAGUUAAGGGGGCAAAAAGUCUGACUUGCGUUGGGGUGAGUGGUGGUCUAACAGCUACAGACUUUCCAACCUGGGCUCACUCCAAUAUCGUCAAAAUCCAGCGCUUGGGCAUUGACUUGUGGCGUCAGACACUGAUGAAAAAAGCCGUCCUUUUACGUUAGCAUGAUCCGUGGCCAGCUGGUAGUUUAACAGUGCUAAGCUGCGUCAGGGGGAAACGUGGCGGGACAAGAACAAAAGUUACAAUGGUGAAAGUGUGUGUAGGGCAGGUGGGAGAGGUGGUGGAUGGGUCCAACAAACACAGAUUUCCACCCGGUGAGAGCGGUACUUGGGUCCCGUAAGAUUAUAAAGCCAAACCCUGUUCUUUUUGCCUAAACCUAACCAUGUGCAUUUGUGCAGUUGUUCAAUGAAAAAAAAAAACACCAAUUUGUGUUGUUGUACUGAUGUAGUGCAUUUAUUUUUAAAGAGACUGUAUGUAAACAGUAAAUUUCCUGUGAAAACGGAAGUGUAUUUUGAAAGAAGACAAUGCAUGUAACAGGCAGAACUUGACAUGAAGUCCCAGAACGUCAACAUCUAACCCAUGGUAUCUUUCACGUCAUAUCUUGACAUGGAAAGUCCAUGACCAAACAUCAAUAUGUGACGAGGUUGAAGUGAGAAAGUGUUGCUCUGUUAGAAUGAUACCACUCUCAUAGCUGUCUGUUAAAUAGUCUAUAAAGCUACAGCCAGCAGCGGGUUAGCUUAGCUUAAUAUUAGCUGCUUGUACACACAUUUUUUAAACUUCAGGACAGAGGCAAGCUAGCUGUUUCCCUGUUUCCAGUCUUUAUGCUAAGCUAAGCUAACCGGGUCACUGGCAGUAGCCAUAUAUUAAUAACACAAUUCAAUGAAAAGAUAUUCUCCAAGGCUCUAUUUUUGCCUCCCUAAGUUGAUUAUCCAUUUAUCCCUUGUUACAUGCUAAAGGUGUCAAAGAAAUAGAAAUGUAUGUACAUAAAUAUAUCCAGUCAAAUAUGAGUCUAGCUCACAUAUAAAAUAUACUGUAUAAUACGUGACAUUAUCUAAGCUAAAAACGCUUUAACGCCCAUUUAACUGACAGACAUGAGAGUGUCAGUGAUCUUCUUAUCUAACUUCAAAAGCAAAUCAGUGCUUUUUCCUUACUUUAAAAAAAGAGAUACUAAAACUGGAAAUGUAUGUUCUGCUAAAUUUAUAAGUCAUUUUAGCACAGGUAAUUUCACACUGCUCAACAUUUUAUCACUAAGCCUUCAUGGUGCGUCGGGGUUCUCUCUUUAAUUUGAAAAUGUACAGUAUUUAUUUGUGCUGUUUUCACUAGAGUGAGUGAGCCCCUUUCUGUUGGUCAACUGUAAAGCUUGUUGAAAUAUUGUUGAUGGUCAUGACAGUUGUAUUUCUAUGGGCUAAUUAGUUUUGGCUUUUUGUAACAUUUUGACUUUGAUGUUACAAAGCUGUGAAAAAUGCUUCUUAGUGGCUCAGCCCAGUGUUGUGGAUCUAUCUCUUCUCUCUCACAUUUCUAAAACAACAUCUGCUGCAGUGGGUGCCAUGUUGAAGUAAAGUCAUUGUUUAGCUGCUGCACCAUUAGCUUUGACAUUUGAUGCCAACAUUUAGGAUGUCGUUAGACAACACUGUUGCAUCUCCAUACUUGUAACUUCAUGUUAACAAUGUUUAUGGUCAGGUUUGAGCUUAUUUAAAGGAACUACUCAGUAAGAUGGACCUGUGGAAACAUGGAUACCUUACAGGAGGCAUUUGUUAUGUGUAGCCUAUUAGAAACACUGUGAAUUUUAAAAUAAUAGGUUUUUGUAAAUAUGGAGUCUUGUGUUCCAUGACAUAACAAAAAGUCUAACGUUAACAAGUCUGUUUUGCAUGCUGCAUUAAUGCUAAGUCCAGUCACUAGAAGAAAGUGUUGGUAUUGUACUUUUCUCCAAACCAUGGAUAUGUUACAUUUGUAGGUUUCACAUGUAACAUAUCAACGUCUCAGUGUGACACAGUCUAUCAGCUGACUCUGUUAUCGGGAAGUUGCAGGGACAGUGGAUGGCACAGCACCAAGACCAGCUGGCUGCCAAGCUGCAGCAACCAGUGUUUCCAGGAGCUUUUGGGCAGCCAAACAUGGGUAUUUCUGCAACCCAUCCCUACUUUUCCAGCAGCAUUUGUGCAACCAAACAUGGGUUUUUAGCAACAUGCCGCUGCCUUUCCAGGGGUAUGAAGCCACCAAAUAUGGGUAUUUUUAAUUACUGGUUGCUGCUUUUCCAGCAGCUUUUAUGCCGCAGAAUGGAUUGUUCUUAGCACCCCUUUGCUGCUUUUCUUGCGGCUCUAGUGCCACAGAAUAUAGGUGUUUAUUAGCAACCCAUGGCUGCUUUUCCAGCUACUUUUGUGCCACCAAAUAUGGUGUUAUUUAGUAAACCAUGACCACUUCUCUAGCAGCUUUUGUGUCACCAAUUAUGGGUUUGUUUUUUAGUGACGCUUCACCACUUUUCCAGCUCUUGUGCCAUCAAACGUAAAUGUUUUUAGUGGCUUUUGUGCCGCUGAAUGUGGUGUUUUCAGUGGCCAAUGCCGGUUUUCCAGCGACUCUUGUGUCAUCAAACAUGGGUGUUUUUUUAGCCACCCAUCACUGCUCUUCCUGAGGCUUUUGUGCUACCAAAUAUGGUGUUUUAUAGUAACCCAUCACUGCUUUUUUGGCAGUUGUGUGUAUGCAACAAAUGUGGGUGUUUCUUAAGCAAUCCAUCACUGCUUUUCCAGUGGCUUUUGUGCCACUGAACAUGGGUAUUUAUUAGCGACCUGUGCUGCUUUUUCAGCACCCUUUGUGUCGCCAAAUGGGGUGUAUUUAGAGAUCCUUUGCCCCUUUUCCAUCUGCUUUUGUGCCGCCAAACGUGAUUCUUUUUUACUGACCCUUUGCUGCUUUUCCAUCUGAUCUGAUGUCGUCAAAUGUGGGUGUUUUAUUGGCAACUCAUCACCGCUUUUUCAGCAGCUGCGUGAAUGCAGCAAAUGUGGGUGUUUUUUAAGCAACCCAUCCCCGCUUUUCCGGUGGCUUUUGUGCCACUGAACAUGGGUGUUUUCAGUGACCCCCUGCCGCUUUUCUAGCCGCUCUUGUGCUGCAGAACAUCAAUGUUUUACAAAAGCUUGUUGCUGCUUUUUCUGCACCUUGUGUGCUACUAAACAUGGGUAUUUUAGGCCAAAACCUGACCUUUUCCUAACCAUAAUCAAGUUUUUGUGCCUAAACAUAACCAAACAUUAACCACAGUGUUGUUAGAAAUGUUUCAACGUAUCCUCUAUAUAAUAACGUACUUUCUAACAUAUGUGUCAUUUGUGAAAUGUAAAAUGCCAACAUUUUUUUCUGGCAAUUGGGUUGCAAUGCUACACAUUACAAUGUAAGGCUGCUGACAUGAGCCUGCAUGAAACAAAGCUCUUCUAUUUGUACCUCCAUCCCAUGAACAGACAGUUAAUGUUGAAUGUCACUGUGAUUUAUCAAUAUUAUAGCAGGUUUAUUUGUCAGACUAAUGCACUUUAUUGUUAUUUCCAGUCUGGACAGAACAGUGGCAGCUUUACGCUUGAAUGUUAAUGUCUCUCAACAUAAACCACUUUAGUUUCAUUUUUUGGAAUUGUCUGUAAGUUAAAGUAGUUUCAAUGCAAAAGCAGUAAACAUGAAGAAGUACUAUCUUUCCUUCCCCAGGGCAGGUCAUUGGAACAGACUUGGGUGUAUUAUGUGCUAGAACUUUAGAACAAUGGCUUGCCACAAAAAUAAAUAUACACGUAAAAAUCUGAUGAUCUGAUGCCAGCAAAAUGAAGGGAGGCAGUUAAAAGUUUUCCUGUGAGCUGACUUUUUAUUUGUUGUUAAUGGUGGCGGGCUAUUGAAUCUUGAAUCUGAAUUGUUUUGUUUUUCUCAGAUUAAUGAUCCAGCAACCAUUUUAUUGUUUCUUUAAUAAAUGCAACCAUAUCAAAA